UUCAACGAGCUGUCACUAAUGACAAGAUCAGUGUUGACACGUGAAUAGAAAAGGAAAAGAAAUUGAAUAAGUGGAAAAUGAUGUUUACCGCUGGUGCCCACGCGAAGAGACGCAAUGCCGGUGGUGGUUCCGGUUCCGGUCGGAAGCCUUCUGCCGAUCGUCGGAGCCCGCAGAUUCGCGUGAGCGCGGAGGGAUACACUUACAGAACCAGAAUUCCAAUACUAGAUCCAACGGACCUCCCACCGACAACAUCCACAGAGAAAACAUAUGUGUACAAAACCAGGGUUCCCCGAAGAAAUAUUGCAGUUGCAUCUACAUCGUCUCCACAUGAGAAAAACGUCUGUGGUAAAGCAAUUACAAGACGAAGAGGUGCAGUAAAACAUAACAAGGUGCACGUGAUUCGUGGUCAUAAAUUAGUUGCAAAAUUCUUCAGACAACCAACGUUCUGCACCUUGUGCAAGGAUUUUCUAUGGGGCUUUGGGAAGCAAGGGUACCAGUGCCAAGCCUGCCAAACGGCGGUGCACAAGAAGUGCCAUGAUAAAUUGUUAACCAAGUGCCCAGAGAGUGGCAGAGAAUCCGAGAACACAAUAUAUUUAAGGGAGCGUUUCAAGGUAGAUGUGCCUCACAGGUUUCGGCCUCAUACAUUCAUGUCGCCGACUUUCUGCGACCAUUGCGGUUCCAUGUUGAAUUGCUUGUUUCGACAAGAUCUCAGGUGUGAUGGUAAAAAUCGUCUACGUCGAGAUAGGCCCACUAUCAAAAUCAGGAGUCAGGCAUUGAAAGAUAAUCCUGCUUUGCGACAACAUAAUGAAAGACACGAGAAAUCUAUAGGCGAAUUAUUGGUAGAAAAGUUCUUAAUCAAGGACAAAAAAUUAGAGGAGGAAGAGAAACGUGUGCAACUAUACCAUCAGAUCAGUUUGAACAGAGAAGAAGAAGACCAAGAUCUGCAACAGAUAAAAAAUAAGAUUACUAGAAGAUUUACAAGACGAAGAUCUUCUGCGGAUAUUCAGUUGGAUCCUGAACAGAUAGAAAGAGAAGUGGCUUACGCUCAAGUCCAAGCAAAGGUACUCGACUCUCUAGUUGCCGAGGAGCAAGCUGAGAUUGAAAAUGCAGUCCGCAGAGGAACUUUAAUUAAGAAAGGAACACCUGGUGGGCCAAGAACUGUACCCAGCUUCUUCAGGAGCACAGAUGGAGACACUAUGUCGCAGGACGAUGAAGAAGCUGCAGCGCAAAAGAUUAGGAAGACUUUGAAAAAGGUAAAGAAGAAAAAGAAAACUACCGAGAAACCAUCACCGCCUGAUACAGGUGAUAAUUUAAGGGAACGUACUAGUUCCUCCAGUGAGAUGUCUGCAGAUGUUCAAACAAGUGAAACUGAUGAAGAGAAAGGUCGGAAGCAAUCGAGAUCUCAGAUGUUCAAAGUUGAAGCCAGUAAUAGCGUCGGAGACUUUUCUACCAUCUGGGUAAACACUGGGACGGUAGAACAAUUCAGAGAGAGUGUUAGGAUCCCGAUUCCCAAAAAGAUGCCCACACGGAAAAAUGAUAGGCAUGUUGUUGAAGAAGAAUCUGAGACAGAAGUCGUGUUACCUGCGAAAAAGCCCUAUAUAAAGGAUACCUCAAGAAACAGCGUGUAUGUCACGGUCAAGACACCUCCAGAGUCCUCGAAGAGUGACCCCCUCAAGAAGUUAGAUACCUUCGUCGAUAGUGUAAAGCCAGAAACACAAGAGCCCCCUAAAGAGAAAAAAUCUAAUCAAAUAUUAUCCACGGAGAUUAAAGAAGAGUUUGAGGAUACUAACCUGAAGACUCCCCUCAAGGAUAAAAAGCUAAAGAAAGAAAUAUCACAGGAACCUACUGAGAUAUACAAGCAGAAAAAAUCAAAAGCGAUAAAUAAAAAGGUCCCAGAAUUUCCUGAGUCACCAAACAUCUCUGUACCGAAGAAAGAACACUUGGGGUUCAAGAAAGCUGUUAAGGAGUCCAUGACGACAGGGGUUGAAGAGAAGAACGUGACGCUAAGUGUCGACCCGUUGGUGAGCGAGAGCAGCGCCAGUGGAGCGCUUCCAUCGGUCGCGGACAGGCUGCCAAAAGUGUCUAAAAUUAAUACGGAUGAAAAUAAUGCCGUAGAAGCGCCAAAGCGUCCGUUACGAGAACCGCAGUACCUGGCAAAGCCGAUAAAAGUCGAGCGUGACGAGGACGUUGUAUCUCCGUUGUCAGAAAAGAAGGUGAACAAAGCCGUGACCUUGGAGGACGCCUCCACAGUUGGUGUCUCUAAUAAGGCAGCGAAUGUAGAUCAUCCUGGGGAAUCCCUAAAGAAAGAUAAUACGUUCAUAAAAUCUUCCACUUCCCUUGAUGACGCAAGCAACAAGCGCGUGACCAAGACGACCUUGUUAGAAGAUCCCAAGGGUGAUACGCAGAAGGUAGAAGAAUUCGGAAACGUUGAUCAGGAAAAAGGAAAGUCAGUGAUAGAGGAUGGCAAGGAUAACAAGGUGAAGGUCCCGCGUGUUAGGAAAAUGUUGAAAGACGGCGAUGAGGAAGUUUCGAGAUCGCCCUUUAAGAUAGAAACGAAGACUGAAAGCGAUAAGGUCGAGAACAAAGCUGCACUGAAAACCAAUUUGCAGAAUACAACGAAGACUGAGGAGCACGCAAACAAAGAGUCCAAGAUCCCGUGGAGAAAUAAAUUUUCCAAAGCCAAUACCCCUGCUGAGGGCACAGUUGCUUUAGACAGAAGCAUCAGUAUGGAUGCGAAGCCUGCUUUAACCAAACAGUCGAUAGAUCCAAAGGCUUUGAAACAAUCUAUAUCUGCGGAUGAUAACUUGAAAAAUAAAAUACCUCCGGAAAAAUCAUCAAUAAAUGGAGAAAUUGGAAGCUUAUCGAAAAGUACAUCCACCGAAUCUAUAGAUUUCUGGAGCGAGAUCAAGGGACCAGAAAGUCCUAAAGUGACAAAAUCGGCUAACAAGGGAUUUAAUUUCGCUGAUUCCAAGAGCUCGGAGCCAGGUCAGGCGGUCGAGGACCUCGGCGUCGAGCAGCUGGACAAGAAAAAAGAGACUGAUCCUAAAAUAAGCGUCGCCACUCCGCCGGCCGAGCUCAGUAAUAUCCCCGUAAUCGAGGAGGAGAGAAAGACCGAGGAAAAGUUGUCCAAUUUCCAGACUGAGCACACAAUACCCAGCUUUGAUACGGCUGCAGCUACUGUAAAGAAAUCUGAGCCUGAUCAAGAUAAUCCUAAUCUGAAAAAGAGGUUAAAGAAGAAGAAGGACUUAUCCAUAAACAUUGACCAGGUCUAUAAAGAUGCAUACUCGACCGUGAAGAAGGCUCCUUUGAAGAGGGAAGACUCUUCAACAUCGACUAUUUCUUCCAAGUCUGUGACCAGUACUCCAGAUACUUCUGUUCCAGCUUCCGAAGUCUCUACGCCAGUCUCAGAGAUUCCUGUGCCGAUAAUAAACAUUGUGGUGACGCCUACACCGACCGCAUCCGAUUCUCAGAUCCUAGAGGAAGAGGACGAACCUAAAACACCCACCAACGAGUGGUCGGAUAUUGGAUUAUCGAAGAUCUCGAAGUGGAAUAAUCACAGUGAUCUUUCCAACGUCGAAGCAGCUGAGAAAGACAUCACCCCAGUACCUUCCAAAGAAGCCAGUGUGACCUGUAGUCCAGAAAACAGCCCAGAAUCCUCUAAGAAGAAGAAGAUCGUUAGAAAAAAGAAAGCUUCUACGACAAAGAAAAGCUCUACUAAGAAGGAAAGUAAUAAAGAUAGUAAAUCAUCUAAGAAGAAUUCCUCCAAGAAACAGGAGGUUCUGAAGCCUCCGGAAACAAAAACUACCUCUAGAACCAGCCCCAAAAAUACGCCUACUCAGCGUCCCAUGGACUUAAUCAGAAUGUUCUACACGACUCCAUCAGCAUUACUAACUGCAACACCUAGAGACUUAUCCAAAGUUCGUCGAGCCAAGGUCAAAAGGAAAAAACAUCACUCUAGAACAGCAUCCAUGAGCAGUGACAGCACCGGAAGUACUACUAGUACAGCAACUACAGAGAGCAGCGGAUCCACGUGUACGGAGCUUGAUGAUGACCCAGAACACAAGAGGAUGAACUCGACCAGGAGCAACGAUUCUGGCUUCGAUGGUUCGCCAAGGAUAUCCACACCGUCACAGUCGUCGGACACGCAAAGGAACUCGGAUUCUUCAGAUCAUUUCCCUAGUGGAAGGAUUACACCACCGGCCACUAACCUACCCAGGUUCAAGAAAUAUGCGGUGACAGAUUUUAACUUCCUGAAAGUCCUAGGAAAAGGCAGCUUUGGCAAGGUGUUAUUAGCUGAACUCCGUGGCACUGAAUGUGUAUACGCAGUGAAAUGCUUGAAGAAGGAUGUAGUUCUCGAAGAUGACGAUGUAGAAUGUACCCUAAUUGAGAGGAAAGUCUUGACUCUAGCCACGAGGCACCCGUAUCUUUGUCACCUAUUUUGCACCUUCCAGACAGACUCCCACUUGUUUUUUGUUAUGGAAUAUCUGAACGGCGGCGACUUGAUGUUCCACAUUCAAAAGUCAGGUCGUUUCCCGGAACCAAGAGCUCGGUUCUAUGCGGCAGAAAUCUGGUCUGGCUUAAAUUUCUUGCAUAAAAAGGGAAUAGUGUAUAGAGAUUUGAAAUUGGAUAAUGUACUGCUAGAUUUCGAGGGACACAUUAGGAUAGCUGAUUUUGGAAUGUGCAAGCUGCAAAUUUUCCUCGACAGAACCGCCGACACCUUCUGUGGCACGCCUGAUUAUAUGGCUCCCGAGAUCAUAAAGGGACUAAAAUACAAUCAGGCGGUGGACUGGUGGUCGUACGGCGUACUUCUGUACGAGAUGCUCACGGGACAGUCACCAUUCUCCGGGUGUGAUGAGGACGAGUUAUUUUGGAGUAUAUGCAACGAAAGACCGUUCAUACCACGUUACCUGAGCCAAGAUUCUAGCGACGUAUUGAUAGCACUUCUGGAAAAGGAUGCUGGAAAGAGGCUGCCUGGUCAUGAAAUCGCGUUGCACUCUUUCUUCCAAUCAUUACCAUGGGAUAGAUUAGAAAGGAGGCAACUGGAACCACCUUUCAAACCAGCCCUGGAUCAUACUUUGGAUACUAAAUACUUCGAUAGAGCAUUUACUGCUGAGAGACCACGACUGACUCCUGUACCUGAGCAAAUCCUUACCUCCAUGGACCAGGGCGUCUUCCGUGGGUUCUCAUAUACAAAUCCAAACGCAACAGACUGAAGGAACUAUCAGUGGCGUGCACAGUUUAGCACGUUGAUGGUAUUCAACGUAAUGUUCUUGUCUUGUGGUACCGAUGAUCCCAAUGAUCGUCUGAGAGUUGAUUCGAACGGAAGAACAGGUAGUUACGUUUCUUCGGAAACGAAGGAAACCUAGCGCUACUUAAAGCCUAUCAGGAAAGACGAUUAGCUGAGAUUCAAUAAAAUAAUUCAGAACGGCAGCAGAACAACAUUCACCAGAAAAAGAAGUUCUACGAACGGUUCUACCAAAAGUCAAUGUUCCUGGAUUGUUUCCGGUGAUAGAUGUUAGAUUUUUAUAACGUAGGGAAUGUGUUGCGUUGAUAAAUACUUAGUUUAGCCAUCCGUGGAACUUGAAUGAGAUUCCAGUUUAAAAAGAGCCAAGCUCAGUCGUGGUAAACGCAACUCAACCACCAUGACAUCCUGUUUCUCUUUUUUUAAAUAUCCUUCCUAAAAGAAAAUCAUGAUAAAACAAAAGUUCUACCAUCGUCGGCUACAACAAUGUUUUAAUACAAGAUUGUCCAACGUGCUUUAAAUUAUAAUUAGCGUAACAAGUACCAGAAUGUUU